AUACGACUACAAAUACAAAUGUCGUAACAAAAGAAUGUGUCGGUAACCUUAAAAUCCCCAAAUUGUCAAACCCCCCAAUCAUCACACAAAAACCAAGCAACCUUUCUCCAAUUUCUCAGCUAAAUCAAGAAACCAUGGACAAAUUAGACAAGCUAAAAAUGGCGUCAUCAUCACUAGGUGAACGAUUAAAAACAGGAUCAGCCCAAAUGAGCAGAAUGGUAAGUGCAAAAAUGAAAGAAAUCUUGCAAGGUCCAACACCUGAAUCAAAAAUGGUGGAUGAAGCAACAUUAGAAACAAUGGAACAACCAAACUGGAGUUUAAACCUACGAAUUUGUGCUAUGAUUAACAGUGAAGAGUUUAAUGGUACAGAAGUUGUUAAAGCAAUUAAGAAGAAAUUGGUUUUAUCCAAGAGUGCUGUGACACAAAGGUUGAGUCUUGAUUUGCUUGAGACAUGUAGUUCUAAUUGUGAGAAAGUGUUUUCUGAAAUUGCUUCUGAGAAAGUGUUGGAUGAUAUGGUUAAAAUGAUUGAUGACCCGAAAAGUGAUAGUGGGAAUAGAGUUAAAGCUAUGGAGCUUAUUACUGCUUGGGGUGAAUCUGAGGAACUUAGUUACUUGCCUGUGUUUCGUCAAACUUACAUGAACUUGAAGAGGCAAUAUCCCCUGGACUCGCAUAUGAAUGAGCAGCUACUCUCACCACCUGAAAGCUACCCUAUUCCUGAUACAGGGUCACGGAAUCAUGAGCAUACCACUUACAUUGGUGAUGAACCCAUUGAAGGGAAGAAGGAAUAUCUUGUAGUAACACGGAACAGUCUCGAGAUCCUUUCCAGCAUAUUGAAUUCUGAAGUUGAACCAAAGCCCAUCAAGGAUGAUCUGGCAGUGAGCAUGUUAGAGAACUGCAAGAAGUCUUUGUUAGUUAUACAAAGUAUUGUGGAAUCAACCUCAGGGGAUGAGGGGUUGAUGUUUGAAGCUUUAAAUCUUCAUGAUGAGCUUCAACAAGUCAUUUCCCGGUACGAGGAGAUGGAAGCAGCUCUAGAUUCGGGAGAAAGGCUGCCUAAAACACCUGAAAAUGUAAGUGGUCUGCCCAAUACAGCUCUAGAGUCGGGAGAAAGACUGCCUAAAACACCUGAAAAUGGAAGUGGCCUGCCUAAUGCUGCUGAUGCGAGCAAAGUCAAUUUAGAGAAGCUGUCUUUAAAUGCAAGUGAAAGUCACGCUGUAUCUCCUACAAAAGGAGAAAGUGAUCAGUUACACCACGAGGUUUUAAAGCCAGGUAUCUCAGGGGAAGAGAGGCUUGAUUAGAAUAUGCAAACCAGGUGUGGUACUUUUUCUUGUUUUCCCCUUCUAAUAUAUGUAAGUUAAUGUACUUUUGCAGUUUGUUUUAGUAGCGAGUACAUGCUUUUGUGUAUAUGAUUACUGGGGCAUACUUUCAAACAUCAGCUUGUAAUAACUGCUAGUUCAUGGCAUUUCAAGUUUUCAUUCCUGAAGUGGUAUUUUGUUGAUCACUUCUAUAAAUUAUA